CCAGCCUGUGUCUCUUUUUGUUUUUUUCUUCACUGCCCGUUCCCACUCCGAACCGCCCUCCCCGGCCUAGAACACAGCGCAAAACCAACCUGCAUGUCUCCAUCCCACUAUUCCUGUCCCUACCGAAAUGCGCUUCUUUCCCAGACCAGACUAUUCAACACAUCAUCGCAGCGCCAUUAGCAUUAGCCUCUCCCCUAAACAACAACCGGUCCCCUCUGCAAAGUGGCCCCCGCGCACGUCCAAUCAGUCGCCCCUGGGUCUCGGCUCUUACCCAGACGGGCAAUCUCCAUUGCCAAAACGCCUUUAUACCAUCCGCGUUCGCGAUCAGCGCAGCAGCAGCCCAUUCGACACACACACACACACACUUGUGAAUGAGGCCGGUUAAGCUUGAACUUCCUCAUCACUGCCUAAAGUUUUUGGCAUCAGCCCGCAUGCAUUGAUCGUUGCACAGCCCAUUCUCUCUCUCUCCACACAGCCAUUCUGCACCUCGUGGAGGUUAAAAUGGGGAGCAAAGCUGUCAUCGGCUCCUCGAGCUCUCUCUUUCUUCCUAUAUCCCGACGAAUGAGAAACAG